CGUAGAAAGAGACGCCAUUAGUAGGGGUUGAGAGGGGAGAGCAGAGCGAACCAGCGAGCUUAGGGUGGGGGAAAUCAGUUUGGUCUACAAGAGCUGGGCGAGUGAGAUUUGUUCCAAUUCUGAUUCGCAGGGGAUUCGUGUCCUCGACUUCUUGAUUUCGAUUUGAGUCAUCUAAUGUGAUUAGAGGGAGAUACUUCGACUGGGCUACUUAUAUUCCUAAUCAUAUUUAUUUCACCAUGGCGGCUGGCGGCGGAGCAGGCAACAAAACCUACUCUUUCAAGGUGGUUUUGUUGGGAGAGGGCUGUGUCGGCAAGACAUCGCUCGUGUUGCGGUAUUGUGAAAAUAAAUUCAACGACAAACACAUCACCACACUUCAGGCCUCCUUCCUCACCAAGAAGCUCAACAUCACAGGGAAGAGGGUGAACCUGGCCAUAUGGGAUACAGCAGGUCAGGAGCGGUUCCACGCUUUAGGUCCCAUCUACUACAGAGACUCCAACGGAGCCAUAUUGGUCUAUGACAUCACAGAUGAGGACUCUUUCCAGAAGGUGAAAAACUGGGUCAAAGAAUUGAGAAAAAUGUUGGGGAAUGAGAUUUGUUUAUGUAUAGUAGGUAAUAAAGUAGAUCUGGAGAAGGAGAGACAUGUAUCAGUUGAAGAGGCAGAAGGGUAUGCAGAGUCCGUGGGGGCAAAACACUACCACACAUCAGCCAAAUUAAACAAGGGAAUAGAAGAACUGUUCCUUGACCUGUGUAAAAGAAUGAUGGAGACGGCCCAAGCAGAGGAGAGGGCGAAGGGUAACGGAGCCAGCCAGUCAACGACAUCACGAAGGGGCGUACAGAUCGUGGACGAUGACCCUCAAGCCGCCACGGCCGCGGGGGGCUGCUGCUCAUCUGCUUAACCCCCACCCUCCACAUCCCAACCUACCCCCCCACCUCCACGUCCCAAUUUACCCCAUCCUCCCCCUUUCCCCCCUUAAGCAACCAGGACUGUUGCCUCUGCCCUCAGCCUCCCCUCUCAUCUCCCUCCUUAUGACAUGAAGACUGCUGUUCUCCCUCUGAGUCAUCGUACACUUUACUCACUACACUUCUCCCUCUAUGGAACAAUGUGCUGGCUUAUAUACUAUUCUUUAUACUGUAAUAUUCAUUCAUUGGUGCCCCUUCCUGACCAUCCAUAUGAGACUUCUGACACCCCCUGCUGACCCAUCCGUAUGAGACUUCAGACACCUCCUGCUGACCCAUCCAUAUGAGACUUCUGACACCCCCUGCUGACCCAUCCGUAUGAGACUUCUGACACCCCCUGCUGACCCAUCCGUAUGAGACUUCUGACACCCCCUGCUGACCCAUCCGUAUGAGACUUCUGACACCCCCUGCUGACCCAUCCGUAUGAGACUUCUGACACCCCCCGCUGACCCAUCCGUAUGAGACUUCUGACACCCCCCCCUGACCCAUCCGUAUGAGACUUCUGACACCCCCCCUGACCCAUCCAUAUGUGACUUCUGACACCCCCCCCCUGACCCAUCCGUAUGAGACUUCUGACACCCCCCCCUGACCCAUCCGUAUGAGACUUCUGACACCCCCCCCUGACCCAUCCGUAUGAGACUUCUGACACCCCCUAAUGACCCAUCCAUAUGAGACUUCUGACACCCCCUGCUGACCCAUCCGUAUGAGACUUCUGACACCCCCUCCUGACCCAUCCAUAUGAGACUUCUGACACCCCCCCUGACCCAUCCGUAUGAGACUUCUGACACCCCCUAAUGACCCAUCCAUAUGAGACUUCUGACACCCCCCUGACCCAUCCGUAUGAGACUUCUGACACCCCCUGCUGACCCAUCCGUAUGAGACUUCUGACACCCCCUCCUGACCCAUCCAUAUGAGACUUCUGACACCCCCUCCUGACCCAUCCAUAUGAGACUUCUGACACCCCCCCCUGACCCAUCCGUAUGAGACUUCUGACACCCCCAGCUGACCCAUCCGUAUGAGACUUCUGACACCCCCUCCUGACCCAUCCAUAUUAGACUUCUGACACCCCCUGCUGACCCAUCCAAAUGAGACCUCUGAGUGAUGAAGAGGUGAAGAGAACAUGAAAGGAAAGAAUCUGCCUCCUUUGUCUUUCUACAAACUAGCAGAUGGACUUCUAACACACUAGUGUGAAAUACACACACACACACACACACUGUCCCCACCUCUCUGAAAUGAACACAAACCAACAGACUACAUUAUAACUCAUAAACACUCAUACCCCAGAUUUCUAGGCCUUUUUGUUUUGCGAGGAUAAUGUGCAUGAUGAGGUGAUCCGUCUCUGAAGGCUUCAUUUGGUUUCACUUUAGAGAAAGAAGAGAAAAACCCUGAUCUUUAUUGUUGAUAAACUAAAGUACAUGUUGUAUGGAAAUGUGUCCACGCCCUCGGUACUGCUUCUUCUUCUGUGGUGGUGAAGUGGUGAAAGCCCUCUGAUUCCGUCAUCCAGCUCUUUUCUUGGCCUGUGUUCAUAAAGCUUCUCGGUAGGAGUCCCACCUGUCUCUGUAACCUUAUUGAGUUCUAAAAGAGUAAACUGAUCCUAGAUCAGCGUUUCUGCUCUGAGACCCUUUAUGAAUACAUGCAUUGUGCUUUUUCAAUAACAAAAAAAAAACAGUAAGUUCUCUCUUCCCCUCCUUUCUCUUGAUCUCUGUGAUUUAAACAGCAGGUGUUUUGCACCCGUCACUAUCGAUGCUUUUGUUAUACCGCGUUUCCUUCCUGUUUGACGAGUUUCUCUGUGAAAAAUGUAAAUGACAACAACAACAAAUACAUUUAAAAAAACAACCCAAAAAACGGAUGAAGAGUAUGAAUACCGUUGGAUGUUUUAUCUGCUUUUUACAGGCUUUGGGGAAAGGAUACGCAGGUGUAGGAAAGUGUACAAUAGUCUUAAUGAUUGUAAAAUGAAAUAACAAUUGUGGAUGAAAGCACACUUUCUGGAAUUGUAAUUUUUUAAACUGCUAGUGUCGUGUGUUUUGUAAUAGAACAAUUAUAACUAUUUACAACGCA